AUGGAAGACAUGCACACGAGGAAGUUCACUUCCUGUUGGAAAACAUGGACUGGCGCAAGAAUGCUCUGCAUGAGGAUGCCCCCUUCGCUCACAGUUUCCCGGUACGUACAUGAAAAGGAAUGGUACUCCUAGAUUCGAAGCAUCUUAAUAGACUCAUUUUUUGCAACUUAUCUUUUUCCUUAUGAUUUUCCAUCUGAACCUUUGAAAAAUUUCAACUUUCGAAUUUCAGUCUGUCGUUCUUCAGACGAGUCAACGGAACGCUCAACUUCGAGUACGUUCUCAUAGCCAAAAUUAGAGAAAUGAUGGUUUGUUUUUUUUUUGUCCGUGCGUACAGAAACGCAUAGAAACUGCUUCUAACCACAUUUUUUUAAGACAGAUGCAGCGGCUGCUCUGAAUGUCCUGAACUAUUUGAAACCGAAAGUGUGCGCCUACAUGGGCGCUUACCGUAGAGUUCCCUUCGAAGUAAGAAUUCCAGGAACUCCUUCUCUGGAUUGAUUUAUAACUUUAUUUCCAGGCCAACAAGCAGCUCUGCAGCAGUCUCGGAAUUUCCGAUGUUGAUUUGCCUAAGACGGUGACUAAUAGACUUCGCGUUUCCUACAGCAACCAUACGGGUUUGAGAUCUACUUUUGCAGAGAAGAUUUAUUUUUGAAGUUCAGUUCUUGGUCUCAGGUUCCAAUUUCAAGAUAUGAUUUAUGGAAUGUGCAUCGUUCGGGCUGAAACCAAACCCAGAAAAGCAAAAUUCCUUCGAGAAAGAAAAAUUAGGAUAUGUAAAGAUAAAAAAAAGAAAAUGAAGGUUUAAUAUUCUCAAGUUUGUUGCGAGUUUUUGAGAAAAGUCAUAGUUUGAAAUUUUUAUUUUCAUAGUCUGGGUACCACGACUUGAAAUUUCACCGAACGACAUUCCGUUGUUCCGCUGCGUGCGUUCGCAAAGCGUCUUCCGAAUCUAGGUCACACUUUCAAUUGAUUGUUAUUGCUGUGAGCACAUGAAAAUAGAAAAAAAAAAUUAAAAUCGUGACCAAGGUUCGCAAAGGCGCGCAGCGGCACAGCGGAAUGUCGUUUGGUGAAAUUGCAAGUAGCGGUAGACAGGAUAUAACAAAGACGGAAAAAUAGGACUUUUUUUCAUUCAUUUUUUUUUCCAGCCUAUGUCCAACUUUCUCACAACGUCGAGUUCCGUUGUGAAGAGACUCAUAUCAAAGUUCCACCAAUGAAGAUCUGCACAGGAGUACAGACAGAUCUGAGUGUCAUCAACAAUAAUCGACGCCCACGAAGAUCUUUACCUAGGUUCGCUCCUCCGAACAUCACAUGUUUUCACAUCAUUGACACGCAAUUUCUGAGUUCAAAGAUCAUGAUUUUAGAAGAGAUUCUCUCAACGGAAACUCUGAGAACCGAUCCGAAUUGUUCACAGUGACUACAUCUGUGUCUCCGAGAAGUUGCGAACCUCACUCCAACACAAAGUUCGUGACAGUUGGAGAGCAUUACAUGCUGAUUCUAGGUAAUUAUCAGAAUUCAAAGCUUUCCAUCCCAAAAUGAAUCGCCGUGACAUCUCAUCAAGUUAUGCAAUUGCAGAUGCAAGCGCCCUUGAAGAUGAAAAAUAUGCAAAACACGCUACUGCUGGAAAGGAGGUGAGUGCUCGUUGUCUCAGCCUAUUUUCAGUCAGGUUUUUUCAUUACUGUUCAAGUUUUCGCGAUUUCCUUUCCUUUUUUGACCAGCUUCUUGACUAGGAUUUCGCUUGAAAGAAAUAGGGACUCUGCAAAUCUAGCAAUUUUCCUCUGACGGAUCUAGGAAUUUUCCCAUCCAACUUUUGAAAAGUGGCAGUUGGGCUGGCUAGCAACCGAAAAGAGAAGCUUAGGACAGUCACGUCAUAUGCACGCCUAUUUUGUUGCAGGGGACGGAAAUCGAACAGAACGACAGGGAGAGCGAAGUUGAAAAGGAAGAAGUCCCAGAUUCGCUCCUUCCGGCCCCACUUCUUCCUCUCGUUCCCAAGUUUACCUUUUGCAACUGUUCAAAGAGAUCCCCGAAGAACUUAUUUCUUCCAAAUCAAUCCGUUCUUUCUCUUAGGGACGAUGGCGCUCUCUUACGAAAGCUCAAAACACGAUAUUUCAACUCGCCGGAGUACACAGCCGCUGAACUUUGCAAUCCAUCCCCAACCUAA